CUAGUGUCUAUUUAACAUACGGGGAGUGGUUUCAAGUUCAUUACCACAGCUUAUAGGCUAAAGUGCUUUGUGGGCUUGGCUGUGACUUAAAUUGCCUUUAGGGAGUCGGCCAAAAACCGGGUUGGGAACAGACUGCUUUCCCUGUGUCUGUGGAUUCUCAGGGUGGUCAGAUUUUUCCCCUCUCCCUCUCGGCUAUCAGCUGCUUUGGAGACUAGUUUCAUUGUGAGAAUUCUUUCUUUAAAGCAAAAUGGAGCGACUACUUUCACAGGGGCGCCAGUCUCUUUGCUUUUACCCCAUCCGAAGCCAACAUGUCACUGAAAAAUGAGCCAAGAGUAAAUACCUCUGCACUGAGGAAAAUCGCUGCUGACAUGAGUAAUUUGAUAGAGAAUCUGGACACGCGGGAGCUCCACUUUGAGGGAGAGGAGGUGGAUUAUGAUGUGUCUCCCGGCGAUCCCAAGAUACAGGAAGUGUAUAUCCCUUUCUCGGUUAUUUAUAAGACUCAAGGAUUCAAGGAGCCAAAUAUACAGACAUAUCUCUCUGGCUGUCCAAUAAAAGCCCGGGUUCUGGAAGUGGAGCGCUUUACAUCUACGACAAGGGUACCAAGUACCAAUCUUUACACUAUUGAGUUAACACAUGGGGAAUUUAAAUGGCAAGUUAAGAGGAAAUUUAAGCACUUUCAAGAAUUUCACAGAGAGCUGCUCAAGUACAAAGCCUUUAUCCGAAUCCCCAUUCCCACCAGGAGACACACAUUUAGAAGACAGAAUGUAAAAGAAGAGCCUCGAGAGAUGCCGAGUUUGCCCCGUUCAUCAGAAAACAUGAUCAGAGAAGAACAAUUCUUUGGUAGAAGGAAACAACUGGAAGAUUACUUGACAAAGUUACUAAAAAUGCCCAUGUAUAGAAACUAUCAUGCAACAACAGAAUUCCUUGAUAUAAGCCAGCUGUCUUUCAUCCAUGAUUUGGGACCAAAGGGCAUAGAAGGUAUGAUAAUGAAAAGAUCCGGGGGACACAGAAUACCAGGCUUGAAUUGCUGUGGUCAGGGAAGAGCCUGCUACCGAUGGUCAAAAAGGUGGUUGAUAGUGAAAGAUUCCUUUUUAUUGUAUAUGAAACCAGACAGCGGUGCUAUUGCCUUCGUCCUGCUGGUAGAUAAAGAAUUCAGAAUUAAGGUGGGGAGAAAAGAGACAGAGACGAAAUAUGGACUCCGAAUUGAUAAUCUUUCAAGGACCCUUAUUUUAAAAUGCAAUAGCUAUAGACAUGCUCGGUGGUGGGCAGGGGCUAUAGAAGAAUUCAUCCAGAAACAUGGCACCAACUUUCUCAAAGAUCAUCGAUUUGGGUCGUAUGCUGCUAUCCAAGAGAACACUUUAGCUAAAUGGUAUGUUAAUGCCAAAGGAUAUUUUGAAGAUGUGGCAAAUGCAAUGGAAGAGGCCAAAGAAGAGAUUUUUAUCACAGAUUGGUGGUUGAGUCCAGAAAUCUUCCUGAAACGCCCAGUGGUUGAAGGAAAUCGUUGGAGGUUGGACUACAUACUUAAACGAAAAGCACAACAGGGGGUGAGGAUCUUCGUAAUGCUCUAUAAAGAGGUGGAACUUGCUCUUGGGAUCAACAGUGAAUACAGCAAGAGGACUUUAAUGCGUCUACACCCCAACAUAAAGGUGAUGAGGCACCCAGAUCAUGUGUCGUCCAGUGUAUAUCUGUGGGCUCAUCACGAGAAACUCGUCGUCAUCGACCAGUCAGUGGCCUUUGUGGGUGGGAUCGACCUGGCCUAUGGAAGGUGGGAUGACGAUGAGCACAGACUCACAGACGUGGGCAGCGUGAAGCGUGUUGCUGUGGGACAGUCUCUGGGUUCCCUCACAGCUGAAACAACAGAGUCUAUGGAAUCCUUAAGCCUCAAAGAUAAAAAUGGAUCUAAUAAAAAUCUACCCAUCCUGAAGAAUGGUGAUAAUAUGGAUUCAAAACCAAAAGGAAUAGGAAAGCCCAGAAAGUUCUCCAAAUUUAGCCUCUACAGGCAGCUCCACAGGCACCAGUUGCACAACACAGACAGCAUCAGCAGCAUCGACAGCGCCUCCAGUUAUUGUAAUCACUAUAGAAGUCGUCAGAAUUUAAUCCAUGGUUUAAGACCCCAUUUGAAACUCUUUCGCUCCUCCAGUGAGUCUGGGCAGGGGCCCCCUAGACCUCACGCUGACACUGGCUCCAUCCGCAGUUUACAGACAGGCGUCGGGGAGCUCCAUGGGGAAACCAGAUUCUGGCAUGGAAAGGACUACUGCAAUUUUGUCUUCAAAGACUGGGUUCAACUUGAUAAACCCUUUGCUGAUUUCAUUGACAGGUACUCCACUCCCCGGAUGCCAUGGCAUGAUAUUGCCUCUGUGGUCCACGGGAAGGCGGCUCGUGACGUGGCACGUCACUUCAUCCAGCGCUGGAACUUCACGAAGAUUAUGAAACCAAAAUAUCGGUCCCUUUCUUAUCCUUUUCUACUUCCGAAAUCUCAAACGACAGCCCAUGAGUGGAGAUAUCAAGUGCCUGGCUCCGUCCAUGCUAACGUGCAGUUGCUCCGCUCUGCUGCUGACUGGUCUGCCGGUAUCAAGUACCAUGAAGAGUCCAUCCACGCUGCUUACGUCCAUGUGAUAGAGAACAGCAAACACUACAUCUAUAUAGAAAACCAGUUUUUCAUAAGCUGCGCUGAUGACAAAGUUGUGUUCAACAAGAUAGGUGACGCCAUUGCCCAGAGGAUACUGAAAGCUCACAGGGAAAGCCAGAGAUACCGGGUGUAUGUGGUGAUACCACUUCUGCCAGGGUUCGAAGGAGACAUUUCAACCGGUGGAGGAAACGCUCUCCAGGCAAUAAUGCACUUCAACUACAGAACCAUGUGCAGAGGAGAAAAUUCCAUCCUUGGACAGUUAAAAGCAGAGCUUGGCAAUCAGUGGAUAAAUUACAUAUCAUUCUGUGGUCUCAGAACACAUGCAGAGCUUGAAGGAAACCUAGUCACUGAGCUCAUCUAUGUCCACAGCAAGCUGCUAAUUGCUGAUGACAACACUGUUAUUAUUGGCUCUGCCAACAUAAAUGACCGAAGCAUGCUGGGAAAGCGUGACAGUGAGAUGGCUGUCAUCGUGCAGGACACAGAGACAGUCCCUUCAGUAAUGGAUGGAGAAGAGUACCAAGCUGGCCGGUUUGCCCAAGGACUUCGGCUGCAGUGUUUCAGGGUUGUCCUUGGCUAUCUUUCUGACCCAAGUGAAGACAUUCAGGAUCCAGUGAGUGACAAAUUCUUCAAGGAGGUGUGGGUUUCAACAGCAGCUCGAAAUGCUACAAUUUAUGAUAAGGUGUUCCGGUGCCUUCCCAAUGAUGAAGUACACAAUUUAAUUCAACUGAGAGACUUCAUAAGCAAGCCCAUAUUAGCAAAGGAAGAUCCCAUUAGAGCUGAGGAAGAAUUGAAAAAGAUCCGUGGGUUCUUGGUGCAAUUCCCCUUUUAUUUCUUGUCUGAAGAAAGCCUACUGCCUUCUGUUGGAACCAAAGAAGCCAUAGUGCCCACAGAGGUCUGGACUUAAGAGUUGUUUUCAUUUGCAGCUCAAGGACUUCCACAUGAAGAGUACACUGCACACAGUGACUUUCUGGAGACCCUGACAGCCAACGCCAGCCCUGAUGCACCCUUUUAUCCAACCAAUGGACCCUUUGGAUUGGCUGGGAAGGGCUACAGUCACACUGAUAUAGGACACUGAACAUCAGGAGGGCUUUAUAAUUCCUCCUGCCUGUCCUUGUGAAAAAGGGACUGUCUUCUUAUUGGUAGCAUAUACUUAACAACUUAAACACAUACUCAGAUUCCAUGAUGUACACCAAAAUGUGUUUCCUUUGCUAACAAGAACUUACCUGUAACUGUGAUCUAGGUUGCCAAAAAUUGUCUGAACCUCCUUAUUCUUCUCUGACCCUCCUUUAUGCAGCUGAUGUCUGCUGGACCUGCCCUCGUCUCAUAGUCCAUACAGAUACUGUUUGAGACAUUUUUUAUUAUUAGAAGAUGUUGUGAUGCUGCUUCAAGGUUCUUCAAGGUUACAUGGGAUGCCGCUGCCCUUCUGGUCCUGAAGUAAUAAUGUUCACCCAACCAAGAACAUGGUCUUUAUUCCUUUGUAGCAAUUGAGAGGACAGGACAGUCUUUACACAGCAGUCCAUGUUAGGCACUUCUGAUAACAUCGACACUAUGUAUCUUGACACCACAGAGCAACAGGAAGGAAUUAAAUUCGGUUAUCAAGGCAGAGAUUUCACGUUGCCUCCAAAGGCACUGACAAGGUUUGUCCUUUUGAUAGGGCCACCUGAUCAAAUUUGAAAACAAGCAUAGGAUAUUUGAUUACACAGCAACCGAUAAAACUCAAAGACAGAGCAGGCAGCCUUCAGAAACUUCCAAGGUGUCGGUGGGGAUCUGAUCCAGAUAAGAAAAGAAGAUUCCUUAUAGUCCUGUAAAAUUUCUUAUCAUUCUUAGCUCCUGGAUUGAUUGAAAUUUGAGUUUCUACAUUUCAGAAUCAAACCAGAGAAUGUGAUUUGCCUUUCAAGAGCAUCAGAGACUUCAUAACUCCUACCAAGUUAAUAAGUAUGAGCCUAACCUUAUUUGACGUACAGCUCUCCAGCUAUGUUAUCUUCUUUAAGAAAAAUUGAUUGCAAAAUAUGUGCUGCUUUGCUUGCGUUACUAAAUAUACAUUAACAUUC